AUGGGGGCGCGUGCUGUUUCGCCCGGAGGGGCUUUGUUGAGAACUUCACGAAUGUUCUCGGUACCAAAGCCCCUGCCUGAGCCUCCGUCUACCAACCUGCACAUCGGCGAUCACAAGUCAGCGACAAUGACGAGACAAUACCCUCAGCAUCAGUCGAUUACGACUCCCCUUUCAUCACGAGAGAAGGGCGACUGGGGCUACAAGAGACCGUUCCCGUUGAAGUCUACAAUGACCACGUCGACCCCCUUCAUCCGGAUUAAAAAAGUCGAUUCUGUCGAGAAUGUGACGGAUUUCGCGUCAGCUGCGGACCACUCACUGUCGUUGGAGAAGUUCCGGGAGCUGCAUGUUCCCAUGUCGCUUCCGCGAGGAAAGAUGCUGGAUGGAACAAAGCCACCUUCGGCUUCCAUGUGGCCCAAGUCUGUCUUCGAAGACGAAUUUGAUUCCACCCAAUCUCGAUCUGGAUGGAGCGACGACAAGCGGUGGAAAUUUCACGGCCCAUGGUUAGCCAGGAUGGGCGAAGGCGAAUUCGUUCGAUACUUGAGGAAGACAGUGCACCCGAAACGUGCCCAGUUUAGAGCUCUAUUGAAGCGCAAACUUGCCGAAGACAUCACCACGAGCCAGAACAAUCUUGCCAUUGAGAAGGGUAGGCCCGCACCCCCCAAGGUUGAGCCUCACCACAUUACAGAGGCACACUUUUCAGAGUAUUUGCGAACUUUGCGCAAUGACCGCACAACAUUGUACGGCUUGGUCUCCGAAUUUCUGGAUCUGGCGCCGCUGUCUGUACCAAUCGGAGUCUACGAGGGCAUACGGAGCAUGGAGCCGGAGAGCCUUUACGGCAUCUCAGGCCCGCCGCCCAGUCACCCCUCGGCUGGUAUUAGCUACCUGCGAACCAACUCCUACAUGGAGAACCACCCAGUCUACGGCCCUCAAGCACGGCGCACACCUACCUUGACAAGAGUGGUGUAUCCAAGGGCCGGCCACAAACCCGCCAAACUAGGUGUUGGUGGCUUCGUCGCGGACGUUCCCGUGGGAGACAACGAAUUCAACAUCCGCUUCGGCCGAUAUAGAUCACAAGUCAAGAAGAUGCUCAACGGCAUUGCUCACCUUGACACUACCACAUAUGGCGGCGCCAAGGCCUAUAUCGAGCCCAUAACUGCUACUGUAGAUCCCAGCGGAAAAGUGGUAUUGCAACUUCGCGAAACCCAUCCCGAGGCCCAACUCAUUGUCAAAGAAAGCAAAGGCCAAUCACAAAUUUAUCAUGAUGACGAAAUCAAGGCAGGAACGGCAAUUGCACAACGGGGAAAUUAG